AUGGUAGUGGAGAGGCGAGGCGGCUCGGACCGCCGGGCGGUGCGCGGUUACGCGCGCCCCGCCCGCCCUCGGACGUCUGCUUCGCCGCAAAGACAUUUACCGGUCGCCUGCCGAGCGCGCUGACCCGGGCCGCGGACCCGGCGAACCCGAGCGAUCGGCGACAUCUGAAGGCUGACAUCAAGCGAUGGCACCUACUUUGGAAGGCAGUAAUGACGCGCUGAUGCCCGAUUUCCCCAGAGGGCCCCUGCAUGCGUACCGCGCCCGCGCGUCCUUCAGCUGGAAGGAGCUGGCACUGUUCUGGGACGGCGCCGACAUGCUGCGCUUUAAGAAGACCCUCUUCUCAACUUUGGAGAACGACCCCCUCUUUGCACAGCAGCGUGGAGGCGAUCUCUCCAUGGAGAAGUACCGUGAGCUGAACUUCCUGCGCUGCAAGCGGAUCUUCGAGUAUGACUUCCUCCGUGUGGAGGACAUGCUGGGGAGCCCUCUCAAAGUCCUGGGGCUGGUGACCUGUCUGGGCACAUACGACUGGUCCCUGGCUACCAAGGUCUUCCUCCACAUGCUGACUUUUGGAUCGACCAUUUACAGCUCUGGUUCUGAAAGACACUUCAAAUAUAUUCCCAAGGUCUUCAACAUGGAGAUUUUUGGAUGUUUUGCUCUGACUGAACUGAGUCAUGGGAGCAACACCAAGGCCAUCCGAACGACCGCGCACUACGACCCCACCACUGAGGAAUUCAUCAUACAUUCCCCUGAUUUUGAAGCCGCCAAAUUCUUGGUUGGCAACAUGGGCAAGACUGCUACUCACGCAGUGGUGUUUGCCCAGCUGUACACGCCGGGAGGCCAGUGCCAUGGCCUGCAUUCCUUUGUCGUCCAGAUUCGGGACCCGAAGACCCUCCUUCCCAUGCCCGGGGUGAUGGUGGGUGACAUAGGGCGGAAGCUUGGACAGAACGGUCUGGACAAUGGGUUCUCCAUGUUCCACAAGGUUAGGAUUCCUCGCCAAGACCUCCUGAACCGGACCGGGGACGUCACCCCCGAGGGCACCUACGUCACCCCCUUCAAGGACAGCAGGCAGCGCUUCGGAGCGUCCCUGGGCAGCCUGUCCGCCGGCCGGGUCGUCAUCGUGGCCAUGUCCGUUGUUAACCUGAAGCUGGCCGUGUCCAUCGCGCUCCGCUUCUCGGCCACCCGGCGUCAGUUUGGACCAACAGAUGAGGAGGAAAUACCAGUACUCGAGUACCAAAUGCAGCAAUGGCGCCUGCUUCCGUACCUGGCCGCUGCCUACGCCUUCGACCACUUUGCCAAGUCGCUCUUCCUGGACCUGGUGGGGCUUCAGCAAGGCCUCCUGGAGAACGACCGGAGCGCCAGGCAGGCAGAGCUCGGACGUGAGGUCCACGCCUUGGCGUCGGCCGGCAAGCCCCUGGCCUCGUGGACUGCCCAGCGGGGAAUUCAGGAGUGCCGGGAAGCGUGCGGAGGACACGGCUAUCUGGCCAUGAACCGUCUGGGCGACCUCAGAAAUGACAACGACCCAAACUGCACAUACGAAGGGGACAACAAUGUUCUCCUGCAGCAGACCAGUAACUACCUACUUGGCCUGCUGGCGCACGGGGACCCAGGUGGCGCUCGCUUCCAGAGCCCUCUGAAGAGUGUGGCCUUUCUGGAAGCCUAUCCAGCCCUCCUUGGCCAGAGGUUCCAGGUGGCCAGCCUCAAGGACUGCUUGGACUCCUCAGUCCCCCUGGCAGCAUACGAGUGGUUGGUUUGUUACCUGCUCCGAGAGAGUUACGAAAAACUAAACCAAGAGAAGAGAUCAGGAAGCAACGACUUUACAGCAAGAAACAACUGUCAAGUGUACUACUGCCGCUCCCUGGCCCUGGCGUUCCUGGAGCUCACGGUGCUGCGGAGGUUCCACGAGCACACGCACCAGCCCGGCGUGCCGCCCCCACUGCGGGCUGUGCUCCAGCGGCUCAGCGCUCUCUACGGCCUGUGGUCCCUGAGCCAGCACAUGGCCCUGCUCUACCGAGGUGGCUACUGUUCUGGUGAGCAAGCAGGUAAAAUGGUGGAGAGUGCCAUCCUGGCCCUGUGCUCCCAGCUGAAAGAUGAUGCAGUUGCCCUGGUGGACGUGAUCGCCCCCCCUGACUUUGUCCUGGACUCACCGAUCGGCAGAGCCAAUGGCGAGCUCUAUAAAAACCUCUGGACCACCAUCCUUCAGGAAAGCAAAGUGCUGGAGAGGGCGUCGUGGUGGCCGGAAUUUUCCGCCAACAAGCCGGUCAUAGGAAGUUUGAGACCGAAACUGUAGUUUCUCCAGGAAGCGUUCAGCUCAGUCUCAUGAAGCCAAUGAAGACACUGAGCUCAAAUUCCAGUUCCCACAGGCCUGGAAAUUGCCAGCCUUCUGAACACGCACCUCUGCCCUUAACUGGCUGGCUGUCCUGUGCGCCCAGGGUGGGCCGGGCCCGUCCUGGCAGGGCCCCCGAGUCCCCUCGAGGGGUCACCCCGAAGCGCUCUGUGAUUUGCUGUGUGAACAGAUCACCUAUACCAUCACAUCCUCCCGAUGGACUGUUGGCUGGAUGAGUAGAACGGUGCACAUCCCGCUUUUAUCUGCGGAAUCGAAAGCCAACUGCUCAUGAUGAGGGGCUUUGGGUCAGCCAAUGCUUUGCGUUCAUCUGAGGGUUUUACAUAGCACUGCCAGCCUGAUGCUUCCUCCCUACCUGCCUUUCCGUGUAAUUAAAUGACAGCCUCACUUAUCUGCACUGCAGACCAUCUGAAUGACAUCAUGUAAGAUUUUCAAGGAGAUGAAAAUCAGUUUUCUUGCUUUCUCGGGUGCAACUAAACGUUUCUGUCAAAGAAACUUCAAAGAAAAAAAUUUGUCACGAUUCGAAUGGUCAAUUUGAAGUCCUGGCCGCCAGGUGUGUCCACGUUAUUGAAUCGGUUUGUUCCCACCAUCGGCCAUUCCCCAGUGCUCCUCGGCCCCGCAGAGCGUGUGCUCAGCAAGCCCUUCAUGUGUGUGUGUACGUGUGCGUGUGCGCGUGCCCUCUGCACUGCCCAGGUCUGUGAAAGCCCAUCCGACCAGUGAGACCAGAUUGAGGAGGCGGAUGCACGCCUCCCGCCAUGUCGCUCGUAUUUCCAGGGUCAGGACGACGGGCUGCUGGUUUGUUGUCACCCUCAGCCCCACCUGUGUCGCCCUUUGGCCGCCGGGUUACGCUCCUGGUGUGUGAUCAGUCCAGGAGGCCACAGGUCACCUUGGAGCCCUGCAGGUGAUGUGACCCAGGUGCCCAGAGGGCACAGAGUGGCACUGAACAAGUGAUGACCGGUGCUUGUUUUUCAAAGUAGCCCGGAGAACCUCUGAGCACCUGAAGGGCAGGAAUCUUUUUAAAGACCAAAUUUCCAGCUCUGGAAAUGAAGGGGGUGGCUACUUGACUUCUCAAGCCUCAGUUUUCAUGCCUAGAAAAGGGACGUGCACGCACACACACCCCACAGAGCAUCCGGGGCAUCCGAGUGGGGAUAGCGGCUAAUUUGAACAAACAUUAACUGCACGCUAGAACUUUCUGCCCAUCUCACCGGACCCUCAGACAACUGUGUGAGCUGAAUGAUAUUGUCAUGCCUGUUGCACACAUAAGAAAUCUGACUGCCGUGGGUUAGACGGCCCGGAAGCAGCCGAGCUAGACCAGGCUCCCAGGCCUGACCCGAACCCCUGCACGCACCCCUGACGUCCAAGGCGCCAGCACACCCUCAGGGCAGGCACAGCAGGCCCUUGCUAGUGUCCGUGUUACAGUUUUAACUAGGGAGCAAUCCCCCUGAAUUUAAUAUAUCUCUGGCUGGGUGGUUUCCUUGGUUUUAAAUAAACCCUCUGUGUUUCUGA